ACGAUGAACUCCGAACCAGUGGAUUACUUCUUCCUUUCGGGAGAGGCGUCUCCACCGGUCAGCUACUCCGGCAGCCUGUUCAUCAAGACAGAACAAUGCCAGGAUCAGGAAUCCCUCUUCAACCUGAUGUCGGGGAUCCUAGGCCUUUCUCCCUUCUCCGCUCCGGAAGUUCAACCGCGGCCUCCCGAGGCCAGCUACUCCAUCCCGGAAGCCCUGCAAAACCAUCUGGACCUCUACUCCACCUGCCAACCGGAACUCAACAUCUCCGUGCAGCCGUCAUUGCCCGAACAAGCCUAUUCGUCCUUCCCGAGUCCGGAGAGCCUCCCGCAGUUCCGAGCCUCUCCGGAAGUUCGGACCGCUUCCUCCCAUUGUCUCUUUCACGAGAAGCUGCUGGAUUCGAAGCAGGAGCUGAAGUUGUCCUCCGUCUCCCCCACCGCCGAGAAGUUCAAAUCAUCCUGCUCCCAUUGGGAGCCCCUCAACCAGCCUCAUCAUUACCUGCCGGCCGAGGUCCCCCCUUCGGAGACCUUCCACCCCAACGUGGAGGCGAGUCCAACCUUGUUUCCACACAUGGUCUCCAAGACGGAGAACGCCUUGACAGUCAGCUGCCAGUCAGAACUCAACUCUCUCUCGGAACAUUCCGGCUCUUACGGACCUCCCUUGGAUUUUGGUUGCAACGCUGAGGCGUUCUUGAGUCACGGCCCACUCCCCACCGACUUUGUAGACACCAAGGCCCCUAAACUUUCCCCGCCCUUCAGCCAAGAGUUUGAAGCUCCUGUCCCUCACCCGGAUGUCCUCACCACCCUGAUGAACCCCAACGGUCUCAAGAUGCCUGGCCAACCGUCCUCAUCAUCGGUCCCCAUGACGGACUUUUUAGCUCACCUCCCAAGUUCUUCGGCCAACAGUUUGGGGCUUAACCGGACCUCCGGCGGCUUGGCGGGGCCCAAGAAGAAGACACGGCGUGGGAAAUGCUCUUCUAAAUGCUUUUGUCCCAAACCUCACGAGAAGGCCUUUGCUUGCCCGAUGGAGAACUGCGUCCGGAGCUUUGCCCGUUCCGACGAACUCAACCGACACCUGCGGAUCCACACGGGCCACAAGCCCUUCCAGUGUCGCAUCUGCCUGAGGAACUUUAGCCGCAGCGACCACCUGACGACCCACAUCCGGACCCACACGGGGGAGAAGCCCUUCUCCUGCGAUGACUGCGGACGGCGCUUCGCCCGGAGCGACGAGAAGAAAAGGCACAGCAAAGUCCACCAGAAACAGAAGGCGCGGGCCGAGGAGAAACUCAAAGGACUUGGGUUUUACACCAUGGGGCUUUCGUUCGGGACGCUCUAA